UUCAAUUAUACAGUGCAACAUCCACAGUGUUGUAGCUGAGCCCUCACGGUGUACACCGAAUCUGACGUAACACAAGACAAUAUACUGCAUAUCCGUGCCGUUCUGGGCCUGGCAAUAGGUGGCGCUGUCUAACUAGAUUUACAUAAUGAGCACGUGGCCAAGUUUUGAAGAACUCUGGGAGAACUAUCCCAAUUACAGGGACUGGGAUUCCAAUACAGAAAUACAACGAUUAUGCAAACUACAGACAGAUUUGUACGGCACAAAUACAUGCGCUAUAAGAUUGAGUCACGCAUUAAUCAAAGCAGGUCAUGAUCUUGAUGAUCUAAAAGAAGGAGAGUUUAAUUGGUCAGGAACUCACAAUUGUGAAGGUGACAAAUAUAUUAUUGGUGCUGCAACCAUGCGUUGUUAUUUGGAAAGCCGUAAGGGUCCAGCCAGUCUCAUUUCAAAAGAUCAAACAAAAUAUAGGGGUAAAAAAGGCAUAAUUAUAUUUGAAGGAACAUGUGGUCUACGAGGUGCUACUGGUCACGUGGACCUAUGGGAUGGCAACAGAUGUGCUGGAUCUGAACACUUUAACGAGAGCAAAUAUAUUAGGCUUUACGAGUUUUAAAAAAAAAUCACCAAACUUGACACGUGGUGGCGCUAUUGCACAGUCUUCUUUUACAUUUGUUGUUUGUUGCUUUGUCCAUAGCAUGUAGCAUGUACAAUUGUUUGAAUUCGUAUUUACUUCUUAAAGCGAGGGAGUCGUCACCUGCGCAUGCGUUAGAUGACCAUAGCGUGUCAUUGUUUACAAACAUGCGUCUACCCAAGAGCCUUAGCGUGUGUUGUUAUCGUCGCUUGGGACUCAAUUCCCGCGCGUGCGCAGGGGACGACACUCCCGCUCUAAAGUAAUAGUAUUCAGUGCAGAAAGUGAUAAAAAUAAAAGCAGAAUAAGGUUGCCUAACACAUCAACCACACAUACAUAAGUAUAAUCGCAGUUGAGAUAAAAUAACAUUAUUUGGAUAUCGUGAAUUCACGGUCCGAUAGAAAACCAACGCCAAUCAGUGGAUGUCGGCGACCAGAGAAUUGAUCGUAGUGACGCCAAUCACGUUUAACAGUUAUUAUACAAAUGUCCUUGACAAUGGUAUUUUUAUUUAAUUUUAAUAGAUUUGACAGAAUUUUGUAAUAAAAUCACGAUAACUAA